AUGGAGCGCCAGUUGCCUCCUGCACCACCCUCUUCCCCAGCUGUCUCGAGCGACGCCGAGGCAGUCUCAAUUAUCAACCACAGCACCGAACAGCGAGAUGAGCAGACGUACAAGGAUAUCUGCAACUCCCGUAUCGACCUCCUCGAGAAGCAUUAUUAUCUUCUCAAAGACACGCUCCGCAAAGCAAUGGGCAUCGCCGACAUCUGGUGGGGAGCAGACGACGUAAACAACCUCGAGCAACAAGCAAAACUCGGCACACAGCUCAUUGACGACAUUAUCCAGCCGUACUUCGACAUAACUCAAGUCCUCGUCAAUACCCAUCAAAGCCGUUUUGAUAGGGACGAGAAUGUCCACGGUUAUCUCAAUUUAUGUGCUACUUCGGUACAAAGUUGCUUUACGCCUGCCCCAGGGAUAGACCUCCGAGAAGCUGAACUUACAAAGGGCCUCGCUGUUCGCCUCGCUGAAGUAGCCCAGAUCCGCAAAACUCUCUCAGACCUCAGGAAGAACUACGGCCGAAAGAUCCUCUUGGAGAAAGGCGUCCGCGACUAUGGGUAUGACCAUAUCCUAAAAAAGCCUAAGGAGGACCCACAAGCUAUAAGUUGGUCAUUGUUGUGGGCUGGGUUGACGAAGCCAGAGGAUGUGAAGCUUUGGUCCAUCGUACCCCGUGAAGAUCUCCCAAUGCACAAGCGAAGCGCUUUCGAAGAAAUCCAAAACGCACGCAUCAGGGUCCUCGGCGAGAAAAUUGACGAAGCCGAGGACUUCUGGGAUUCUAAACUCGAGCUGAUAGAUGACGACGACGCUCCGCUGGAGGAGGACGAUGACGAUGAAUGGGCAGAGAUUUUUGAGACUACUUUCGCCAACCGGUUUCGGGGGGUGGUUGAGAAUACCAAGUUGAGGCUGAUGAAGGAGUGCAAUAUCUUCAAUUUCCGCUUUUUGGGCACCUUGCCUGAUGAGGUCAGAUUCGAGGAAGAUCUUCAGCUGCGGGCUCUCGGAGACCUAGAAAGGAAGGACUUACGGGCGUUUGUACAGUACCGAAUACAGUUGCUGCAGGCCGAGAGGGCGUGUGCCGAGAACCUCCAGUUCGUUCCCAUGGAUGAUACAGAUGAUUGA